AUGUCGAUAACAGUUAAUCCUCAACAUGAUGACACACAGUGGCCUUCGCGUGACUGUACUAUAUGUGGUGCAAAUGCCAUUGGUGUUAAUUUUGGAACACUAACGUGUGCACCAUGCGCAAAGUCUAUUGAAAACAAUACACAAUUACGUGAAUCAGACUGGUGUCAUUUAUUAAAUACUAUUGCAACUUAUUACAUACAUUGUCUUAAAACUUACAUUUCACAACGUUCAACUGUAUUUGCUGAUGAGACAACAUUAUAUCAGCAUCAACCCAUGCCUUUAAAACAUUUUACAACAUUGACCAUGAAUUUAGCUGCUUCUCUAUGUUCAUUUUUUUCAAGCAUUACCAACCUUUCAUUCUCUAUCAAACAUAAAUCAAAUUAUCUAUGUAAAAAUAAUCUUCGUUCAUUACUAUUUCCUAAUAUAAUUGAAAUUGGUCAAUCAUGUUUUUCUGAACCAUGGCAGAUAUCUCGUGAAAAAGCGACUUGGGCGGUGAUAUGUGGACUCAAUUAUAUGAACAGUUUGCUCAUACUGAACACUUAG